GAGAGGGAGAAAGUGAGCUCACGUUCACACAUUGGUAAAGAGGCUGGUCUUGCAAUGCCUUUGAAUAUUUUACUUUUAGGCAGUUCCCCAUCAGUCAGCCGCACACAUCCGAGCUGAGCUGAAGCUAACUACAGCCAUGGACAGCACUAGGAGAUCUGAAAUCUAAUCGCAUGCAUCAUACCUCCAGGAUAUUUUUUUAAAUUACAUAUAUAAACACGCCGACAGGCAGCCGCGCUCGCACACACACAUAUACAUCCACACGUCGGCAGAGCCGCCAGCACCCGCACGGCCGCUGAGCAAACACCUUGUCUCUUCUUGCAGGAUAUACCCGCUCACACACAUCUCUCUUUAUCUCCUCCUGGCUUCCCGGAGGAUCGUGCCGGCUGUUUUUCAUGGAGAAAGUCCAGGGAGAAAUGGAGAUUGAGAGAUGGGAAAGAAGUGAAGAGAUUUCAGACGCAGAAAAAAAGAUUAUUCAAGAGACAUGGAGCAGAGUAUAUGCAAACUGCGAGGACAUCGGGGUCUCCAUACUCAUCAGGUUUUUUGUCAACUUCCCCUCAGCCAAGCAGUACUUCAGCCAGUUCAAGCACAUGGAGGACCCGCUGGAGAUGGAGAGGAGCUUGCAGCUGCGUAAGCAUGCUCGGCGGGUCAUGGGUGCCAUUAACACUGUGGUGGAGAACCUCAAUGACUCCGAAAAGGUCUCCUCUGUUCUGGCCCUGGUGGGCAAGGCCCAUGCCCUCAAGCACAAAGUGGAGCCUGUCUACUUUAAGAAACUCACUGGUGUCAUGCUGGAGGUCAUUGCUGAAGAAUACCCCAAUGACUUCACCCCGGAGGUGCACGGUGCCUGGACCAAGAUGAAGACCCUCAUCUGCACCCACGUGACAGCGGCGUACAAGGAGGUGGGCUGGGCGCAGUACCCCACCGCCACCCUGACCUCCCGGGUGCCAGCGGAGGAAGCAGCACCGAAGGCACCGAGGUGCUCCUGGACUCCUGAACCCGACCGCCAGCACCAUGCCCGAGAGAGGAGCCUCCCCCUGCUUUCUGCUCGCUGUGGGUGGAUGCGCGUUAGCCUGGGGGGCCACCGCCAUCCCCACGCUAGCGAGCAUCGCUCCCCUCCCUUUGGGAGCAAACCAGCAAAAAGCACAUUCCUGUUGCUCAGCGCAUUAAACACCGCGAGAUCACCUGAACCAAACAGCUUUGCUGGUGGGAGGAUUCCCGUCCCCAGGCAGAUGGGGCAUCUAUUGCUGUUUAUUACAAACCCUUUUUAUUAAUUGACAAGUAUAUUUGCUUUAGGGGAGAGCUUUAGAAAUCCGACAGUUGUUUGUACAACUGAUACCUCCUGAAAUAAAAUAAUCAUCGGGC